AAUUCUGAGGAUGUCCGAUGUAAAUGCAUCUGCCCUCCUUACAAAGACCAUUCAGGCCAUAUUUACAACAAAAAUGUUUCACAGAAAGACUGUGAUUGUCUUCAUGUGGUUGAGCCUAUGCCUGUCCCUGGACCUGAUGUAGAAGCGUACUGUUUACGUUGUGAAUGCAAAUAUGAAGAGAGAAGCUCUGUCACAAUUAAGGUUACAAUCAUCAUAUACCUGUCUAUUUUGGGCCUACUCCUUCUGUACAUGGUGUACCUUACACUGGUGGAACCUAUACUGAAGAGACGUCUCUUUGGACAUUCACAGCUCAUACAAAGCGAUGAAGACAUUGGGGAUCACCAGCCUUUUGCAAAUGCACAUGAUGUGCUGGCUCGUUCUCGGAGCCGUGCCAAUGUGUUGAACAAAGUGGAGUAUGCUCAGCAGCGUUGGAAGCUACAAGUCCAAGAGCAACGCAAAUCUGUCUUUGACCGUCAUGUUGUGCUGAGUUAAUUGUCUCUCAGUAAAAUAACUCCAGGGAAGUAAAGUGGACUAAUUGAAAGAGCUGGCUUAUGUCUUCCUGAUCCUGCCAAUUCAGAAGGGUUUCGUUGAAUGGUUCAUUAUUGAUCUAAAAAAAAUAAUAA